UCACAGCGGCCUUUUACCACGUGAUCAGCCGUGUCCAAUGACACGCUGAUCACCGGGAAAUGCAAUUGCCGGUUCUCGGCUGCACUUUCCUCACGCUGUCAGAGCGUGAAGAAAGGAUCAGAGCAGGCACCGAUCAUCAGGGCACUGAUAAUUGGUGUCCUGAUGAUCAGUGCCCAGCAGUGCCACCCACCAGUUCCGUCCACCUGUGCCUAGCAGUGCACCCACCUGUGCCUAGCAGUGCGCCACCUGUGCCCAGCAGUGCACCCACCUGUGCCACCCAGCAGUGCCACACACCUGUGCUCAGAAGUGCCACUUACCUGUGCCCAGCAGUGCCACCCACCUGUGCCCACCCACCAGUGCCCAGCAGUGCUGCCAGUCAGUGCCACCAGUCAGUGCCCAGCAGUUGCGCCAGUCAAUGCCUAGCAGUGCCCAGCAGUGAUGCC